ACUGUGUUCGUCCAGUAUUUGUGUCUAGUUAUGUUGAUUGUGUGUUUCUGUGCCGGUUUAAUCGCGGGUUUAUCUGAUUUUCUCGUGAUUGUUUCGAUGUUUUCGUGGGUCUCCUUUUUCUGUCUGUGUUCUUCAAUUGAUGGUGGAGUACAUGUGUUUGCUGCUGUUUAUCUACUUGAAUAGGCUAGGGCUCCUGAUUUUUCUCAGUAACGUACUCAAUGUUGGAUUGAAAUGAAAAUUGAAACUUUUCUUUGGAUCACUGUCUCUAGGACUGGAUCUUACAGAAAUCGGAUAAUUGGAUUUGAUUUUGAUUGUGUUUUGCUUAUUUGUCAAUCGUCUUUACAUUUGAGAGUACACAUUGCUAUGAACUGAAUGUGUAGAAUUAGUCUCGUCGGCAUCGAAUUUUGAUGGGGAGAUUGGUUUGUGAUUAGGUAGGAUUAUGGAUACUUUUAAAGGAAGAAAAUGAAUCUGAUGUUGUGAUUGUCAAUCCCAGUUGUUCAUUUGAAGGUUAUGGGGAUGUUUUUUUUCUUCAAGGUUUGGUUGAAACUUGAAAGACUUGAUUGUUGACCGUGUUCUUGUUACGUAUAUGCGUGAUACGAUUGUUUAUAACAAUCCGUCGGCAAAGUUGCAUUAUUGAUUGUUAUAUUUUCCCCAAAAAGCCAAGAUCUUGAAGUUCUUAGGUUGUGGAUGGACUUGGUUGGAAUUCUGUGAUAUGCUGAGGAGAACAUUUUUGUUUUCAGCCGAGGAAGUUUCAUCACAGAACCAAGUGAAAGCAUCUGUUCAACGAAAGAUCCGCCAGAGUAUUCAAGAUGAGUAUCCAGGACUUGAACUAGUUUUGGAUGAUCUAUUGCCCAAGAAGGCUCCUCUUAUAGUCGUCAAGUGCCCGAACCAUUUGAGUCUAGUAGUUGUCAACAAUGUCCCUCUCUUCUUCUGUAUCCGGGACGGGCCAUACAUGCCAACCCUCCGUCUUCUUCAUCAGUACCCGAAUAUAAUGAAGAGAUUUCAAGUUGAUAGAGGUGCCAUAAAAUUUGUUCUCUCCGGUGCAAACAUUAUGUGCCCUGGUCUUACAUCCCCGGGAGGUGUUCUGGAUGAAGAAGUUGAGGCAGAACGACCCGUGGCCAUUUAUGCGGAAGGAAAGCAGCACGCUCUUGCGAUCGGCUUCACGAAAAUGUCAGCCAAGGACAUAAAGAGUAUUAACAAGGGAAUCGGAGUUGACAACAUGCAUUACCUCAAUGACGGUCUCUGGAAGAUGGAGCGGCUGGAUUGAGUUUUGUUGUCUUUUGGGAGCGACUGAGGAUCUCUGAUGAGUGAGAAGAAAAAGUCUUUCUCCAUGUUCUUCUGUGUUCUGUUCUGUUAUGAAGCUUCUGUCCUCGCAGCUUUUGCUGGGGUUUGUGUUGUUUCCUCUCUUUUUGGAUAUUCUAUCAACUUUUUUUUUUUUUAAUUUUAUUUUAUUUUUCUCAUAUGGAAAAUUAGAAAACGGGAUUUCACAUGUUCAAUGACCCAAAAACUAAAAAUAUUGGUUUUUGGGGGGGAAACAAUUUAUGGGUCUUGGUUAUACU